UGCUCCGGGAUGCGGAGAGAUGGACAUCUUCUGUUGGAAAGCUGUUUGAGGAGUUUGUGCACAUUAGUCUCCUGCUCUGCUCUCCGGGAGCCAUGGCUGUUGUGGAGCUGAAGGUUGGAAUGCACUGCGAAAGGUGCAUCAAGGCGAUUAAGAAGGCUAUAAAAACGAUCGACGAUAUGGAGAGCUAUCAGCUUGAGACGGAGACGAACAAGGUCACGGUGACAGGGAACGUUACCCCGGAGGAAGUCGUGAAGGCUCUCCACAAGAUUGGGAAGACGGCAACCUGCUGGACGGAGGGUUGAGAGCUGAUGGUUUUCACUCUGACAGUCUUUUAGCUAUCUAGUUUCUACCUGGAGAUGCUACUUACUACUGGUAACUUGAGCUAAUAGUCUAGCUAAUUACUAGCCAGUAUUAGUUAAUAUGCUUUCCUAGCUUGUGCAGCAGGAUCUUUGUACACUGCAGCUAUUAUAGAAAUAAACAGGGACACAUGCUCUGAAAUAAAAACGGGUUGCUGCUAUGCGCAGUUAGUUGGUUGA